AUACCUCGCGGACCUGUUGGCUGAGCGGAAAAAGCUGCUUCCCUUCAGACAAGUUCUACCGCAUUGCGGUCGGUUGCUUGACCAAGAAAUUGCGCGUUUAUCGUCGAUAGUGGGUUCUCCGACUUACAUGGACCAUGAACACGCCGAUACGUCAUCGCCCAUAUCCCAUCCCAUUUUCUCUCCUGGACCUUCUCCGUUUGACGCACAGACAUGGUCUCCGAUGCCGAACGAAGUCGGGCCUUCGACGCUUUUCGCAACGCCAACAACUCACCAACCAACAACAACGACAUUGGUAGGCUGGACCCCUCAACCCGGCGCUGCCCCAAUUCUAAAAAAGGCUCGCAGGAUUGACGUUCCAGUGGAUCAGUAUCCCACCUUCAAUUUUGUUGGGCGAAUUCUUGGGCCCCGAGGCAAUUCGCUAAAGCGAGUUGAGGCUCAAACGGGUUGCCGCGUCCUUAUCCGAGGCAGAGGUUCCAUCAAAGACCCUACUAAGGAAGAAAAGAUGCGAAACAAGCCAGGUUACGAGCACCUGAACGAGCCACUACAUGUUAUUGUGGAGGCUGAGCUUCCAGCAAACAUUGUAGAUUCUCAGCUUUCACAGGCAUGUGAAAUUCUUGAGGAGCUUCUGAAACCAGUAGAUGAAUCUUGUGACAUCCUCAAACGGGCACAACUGAGGGAGUUGGCUAUAAUCAAUGGUACCCUCCGAGAAGAUACGGGGUCGCAUAGUCUCUUUGCAGGCGCCCCUUCACCAUUCAGUGACCCUGAAUUCAGAUCUUCUAAGACCCGUCGCUGA